AUAUUCGUCCCCGCCUUCAUUUUAUUUUUCAUUUUCAAUUUUGUUCAUUCACAUUUCAUAUCGACAUUCAGUUUUGAUCUCUUGGAUGGAUAUACAUUGUUUUGUUGGGAUAUAUAUUUUUAGAAGCAACGCGUUGGUUGGGUAAAGUUUGUUCUUAUUCUCUAACGGGACAUAAAAAACCGCCAUGGCGGUCAACGUUUAUUCAACGAAUGUCACAUCUGAAAAUCUCUCUCGCCAUGACAUGCUGGCUUGGGUGAACGAAUGCCUUCAGAGUAGUUUUGGUAAAAUAGAGGAACUGUGCACUGGUGCAGCGUAUUGCCAAUUCAUGGAUAUGCUCUUUCCUGGAUCAGUGGUAUUGAAAAGGGUGAAAUUUCGAACCAAUCUUGAGCAUGAGUAUAUUCAAAAUUUUAAGAUUCUUCAAGCCAGCUUCAAGAAAAUGUCUGUAGAUAAGAUUGUGCCCAUCGAUAAGUUGGUGAAAGGUAGAUUCCAGGAUAAUUUUGAGUUCCUUCAAUGGUUCAAGAAAUUCUUUGACGCCAAUUACAGAGGAACCGAAUAUGAUGCGUUAGGAGCCCGCGGCGGUGAAGGAAUGGGCGCCGGCGGCGCCAAUGCGCCCAAGGGUCAGUCGCUGAUGAUGAGGAAACCUGUGGCACCUCAACCUCCAUCUCCAGCUAAGUCCAAACCAAUUGGGCGAGCUAUGCCCAAAGUGAAUGCAGUAAGACCGACAGCUGCCCCCAAACCUCCUCAAAAUAAAAUGGCGGGCGACAGCAGUAAAUUAGAAGAGUUAACGCAUCAGAUAUCAGAAUUCAAGACAACAGUUGAUGGUUUAGAAAAAGAAAGAGAUUUCUAUUUCGGAAAACUCCGGGAUAUUGAAGUGAUGUGUCAAGAAUGCGAAGAUGGAAAUCCUAUUAUCCAAAAAAUAUUGGAUGUAUUAUACGCAACUGAGGAAGGAUUUGCUCCCCCAGAUGAAGUAGAAGGUGGAGUUGGAGAUGAAGAUGAAUACUGAGUUAAAUCAAUGGCUUUUGAAACAAAAUCGCCUUAAGUUAUUACAUUUUUAUAACUUGUAGCAACAAUGAUUUUAAUUAUAACUCAGUUAAGUUUAUAUUUGAUAGUUUUAUAAGUGUUGCUUACGAGAUGUGUCCAAUGAAAUGUGAAUUGUUGAUGUUCCAACCUAAUUCUUUGAUAAAUUUUCUGCUCUACUUAUCUGUUAUCUUUUCCUUUUCAUUUAGUGAAAACUAUUAAUGCCAGUAAAUUCUUUUCCACAGUU